AUGACCUUGGCUACGGCAAGUCGAAAGCUGAAGAGAGCAGCGAGAAUCAUCCUGGUUGGGGCACCAGGAGUUGGGAAGGGGACUCAAUCUGAGAGGCUUAUGAAACGCUUCCCACAACUAUGUACGAUUGCGACUGGUGACCUCCUGCGCGAGAACGUGAAGAACAAGACUCCUCUCGGACAACAUGCAGAAACCUACAUGCACUCCGGUGGUCUUGUGCCCGAUCCUGUGAUCCUCAAUCUCAUCCUAAACGAGCUGUCCUCGAGAAAAUGGCUGGAAACGUACGAUUCGACGGAAAACAUAAUCGCCGCUCUAGGCCGUGGGAACGGCUCGGCCAGCUCGGUCGCUCGCGCAUCCAAUUCUCCAGAUACAUCCUUCAUCCUAGAUGGUUUUCCUCGCACGGCAACUCAAGCCCAAGCGUUGUCCUAUCUCCUCCCUAUAAACCUGGUCCUCCAGCUGGUCAGUCCCGUCGAAGUGAUCCUCUCUCGACUGGCGAACAGGUGGAUACACCUGUCUUCUGGAAGAGUAUACAACGUGGGGUUCAAUGACCCAAAGGUGGCUGGCAUUGACGACUUAACGGGGGAGAAACUGGUUCAAAGAGAGGACGACAGCGAAGCGACAUGGCGGAAACGCCUGGCCAAGUUCGAUGAGACCAGCCGAGAUUUGCUGGAAUUUUACCGGGCGCGGGACAAAAACAUGGUGGUCACAGUACAAGGCAACAGCAGUGAUGAGAUCUCGCCGCAGAUUUUCGCAGAGGUGGAGAAAAGAUUUGGUAUGUGA